UCGAGUUUCAUCUUUCACGAGAAAGCAUCAUCUGCUCAGACGUCCACGCGCAAUCGUCUUUUUCUCGCUCGCGCGCGCACGUCACAGUCUAUUGUGAGCGGCGCUCGUGCGGAAGCGUGAGGACGAGCAGAAUCACGGUCGUGGUUUUAAGAAAAACUCGCAUUUGAAUUGAAUCAGCGUGUGUAAGAGUGGAUUUACCCCCUUGUCAAGAUGUGCACCCGGUGUUGUCUGUCACAGCUGGCCUGCUGCUGCGGCUCGGCCGCCUGCUCUCUCUGCUGCGGCUGCUGUCCCAAGAUCAAACAGUCCACGUCCACCCGCUUCAUGUACGCAUUGUUUUUCAUCCUGAUCACUGUCACUUGCGUCAUCAUGAUGUCACCCACUGUGGAGCAGGCAAUGCAAAAACACAUUCCAUUCUACACCGAAAUGUGCGAUCAGCUCAAAGCCGGGGAGAACUGCAGCACUCUAGUGGGCUUUUCAGCUGUCUAUAAAGUCUGUUUCGGGAUGGCCUGCUUUUUCUUCUUCUUCUGUGUGUUCACGUUUGGGGUGCGAACCAGCACGGAAUGCCGUGCGGCUGUCCACAACGGUUUUUGGUUCCUUAAAUUUGUGGUGUUGCUGGCCUGCUGUGCUGGAGGAUUCUUUCUCCCAAAUGAAGACCAGUUUCUAGAAGCGUGGCGUUAUGUGGGGGCCAGUGGCGGGUUUUUCUUCAUCCUCAUCCAGCUGAUGCUUCUGGUCCAGUUUGCUCACAGAUGGAAUCAGAACUGGAGCUCAGGGGUCAAGUACAAUAAAAUCUGGUACGCGGCUCUAGCUCUAGUCACACUGGUGCUGUUCUCCAUAGCGGUGGGAGUCAUGGUCUUCAUGAUCAUGUACUACACGCACGCCGAGGCCUGCUUUCUCAACAAACUCUUCCUGGGAGUCAACGGCGGCCUGUGCUUCGUCGUCUCCAUGCUGGCCAUCUCUCCCUGCAUUCAGACAUUCCAGCCCACCUCAGGACUUCUGCAGCCUGCGGUCAUCACCGUUUACGUCAUGUACCUCACCUUCUCAGCUCUUGCCAGUAAACCCAUUGAGAGUGUGGAGGAAGACGGGAAAAAUGUCACUGUGUGCGUCUUUCCCUUCAAAACAGGGACAAGUGACACCAGCAUAGUGACGGGUGUUGGCACGGUCAUAAUGUUAGGCUGCAUUCUGUACUCAUGUUUGACCUCCACCACCAAGAGGAGCUCAGCGGCAUUGCGCGUUUACACCAACGACAUGCCAGAGAAUGAGAGAGCACGCUGCUGCUUCUGUUGCGUGGAUGAUACAGAGGACUAUGAUGAUGAGAAGACAGCAGGAGGGCAGAACGUGAUGUAUGACGAGAAAGAAGGAACCGUCUACAGCUACUGCUACUUCCAUUUCGUCUUCUUUCUCGGCUCGCUCUACAUCAUGAUGACAGUAACCAACUGGUUUCAUUACGACACUGCAAAAAUCGAGCAGCUGUUUAAUGGGAGCUGGUCUGUCUUCUGGAUCAAGAUGGCAUCCUGUUGGGUCUGUCUCUUCCUCUUCAUGUGGACGCUGAUAGCUCCCAUGCUCUUCCCAAAUAGAUUUCAAGCCUAGACAUCCUUCACACAUAUUCACUAUCACCACUGUCCAACUACUGUGUGUGUGAGAGAAAGAGAGUUUUAGUUUUGUACUUUGAUAACGCAAGUUUAUAUGUUACGAAUUUUUAGCUUUCAAAAGGUCAGUUUUACACAGAGCUGUUACAGAAAUCACGUUUAAUGUUACGUUAUAUGCUGACGUAGUAGGGCUCAUCUUUCUUUACUCAUUGUAACAUGAAGGUAUUUAAACGGACGCAUCGCUCAGGUGCACGCUUCACCUGUAAGUCUUGCUUCUUUUCUGCGUUCACAACAAACACAAAUUAAGGGAUUCGCAUGAAUAAAUUGCAUACAAAGUCGAUGCAAAGAUGCGCACGCGCAUCCAUCGUGUCUUCUGCGGAAGUUGAAGAUUUUCAACAGUGACACCUGUUUGACAUGUGCGGACGCAUGAAGACACUCUCUGCCGUGCAAUGUUUUUCGCUUCAACAAACCAUUGCUGCGAGUAAUAAAGAGCGAGGAACGCAAUGCUUUGCUUUUGGUGUGAACACCCGAUUACACGCUUUUCUGUUGGUAGCUGAAGGAUUCUAUGCAAAUCAACAAACCAUCUGUGAUUGUAAUUCAAGAGUUUUUCCGCCUCUCUGGAAGUAUUUUAUGUUUUACAGUGCGUUUUAUUAUUAUUAGAGCAUUUCUGAAGUAUCAAGAAAACGCACACAAGUACAUUUAACUAACUGAAAUACGGCAAGGUGAUGCACAGUAAAUUGCACAUGCACAUUUUCAAAAUUAAAAACGGUCCAAAGAAAUAUUCCUAGCAUCGCAGGAAAGCAGUUUGAAUGAAAAGGUCUUUAUACUUCCGUCAUGUCAGUCAGUGGAAUCAAGUGUUCACUGUAGAUUUAUUGGAUAAAUGUGUGCAUGAGGUUUUCUUACCGUAUUUACACCAUCGUAGCCUCCAUAAGCUCAGGAGAGUUAAUGUUACAUGUUUGGAGUGAUCCUUUUUUCGGUGAAAUAUGCUAUUUUAGGGAAAGCAUGUGAUGAGAAGUACCAGUAAAUGUUUGUCUAAUGACUAGAGCCACAACAUGAGCUGAAAACUCCCAAACCGGCCCAGCCUGUCAGCAGGCUCACAACGUCAUUGAAGAUACAGAAUAAUAAGAAAUGUUAACUUUCUUUUUUUGUUACUAUUUAAAUGGUGCUUUAGGCCUUGGGUGUACUUCGUUUUUCUAUAAAAUUGCGGCUUACAUGUUCAAGCAUACCAGUUGGCAAAAAGAACCUAUUUUUAUUAUCAUUUGUACCUCAAAGCAUUGUUCGUGAACAGUUUUGUACAGCAACUAUUUAAUCUUUCAGUCAGAGGUUUUCGUUGACAUGCAUGUCUAUAUUUCCUGUAUUAAUUAUUGAUCAAUAUAUAAGGUCUUUGUUUGUGGUGUUACAUAGAUUCAGGAACUGCCUGUAUUUUAGACGUGAUAUAGCAUUCUUGAUGCUCCCCGUUGUAUUGCGAAGUGGCAUUGUAGUCUAUGAAAGACGGAAUAUAGAACUGGAAUUAUUCGCUUUUUUAUUUUCUGUGUAGCAGCUGUAGCACCGUGAGUGACAGGAUUGCGUUAUUGACCAAACUACAGACAAACCAAAUUCUUUUUGUUCACUUUCAUUCGUUUAGCAGACGCUUUUAUCCAAGGCGACAUUUAACAUUUUGUCUAUGGAGCAAAGAAUAAACAGCCAUCAGUGGGAAUUUGUUUGUGUCUGUGAAGAAACUUCUCUCAAAUACCUGUUCAUUUUAGACAAAAUUAGCCUUGUUUGUAACAAUCGAUUAACAGAACAUAACGGAUUGCCUUAAACACUACAUGCUAUAAAUGUAUAUACUGUUUUAUCAAAAUAUUUCUUUGACAUUUUAAGUUUGCUUUUUCCUCUACUUUUACCUGUGAAUACUUUGAUGCUUGUUUUUAUCUAUGUGUGUACGGUUUUAACUUUUCCUUAUGCUGCUUUUAUUUACAAAUAUAUUCUGACCAUAAAUGCUUCAUUGAGUUGAAAUACGUGCUUUAUUGUGUAUAGUCCAUGCUAGGGAUAGUUGAGCGGAUAUUGUUACCACUAUUCACAUAUGAAUCAUUCUUCCAAAAAUAUGUAUGUUUACAAAAUGUUCUUUCUUCAUUUGUGUUGAUUUUAUUUUAUAUUCAUUACGAAUGAGGUGACGGAUUCAAUGUUCUUUUUAGUGUUUUUAUUGAUAUUGCAGGUUCUUUCAAUAA